AUGACCUCGUCUUCUUCAACUAUAAAGAAAGUUAAUAAUGUUAAUUCUUCAGCAGAAGUUAAGGAAUUAUUAGACAACACUUUACAAGAAAUUUUCAAUGAACAGUUCCAUUAUAAACAACUUUAUAUCAAUCAAGAUAUAAAGUUAUUUAUGGGUGUAAUUAUGGUUACAAUCGCUGGUGCAAGUUUUUAUUUAGAUAAGAAGUUUAAAUUUCAGGAGACGUUAUCAUACCAAACAGUAUUGGUAAUCGCUUACUCUAUAUUAUCUAUAAUCUAUUGGUGGUUUACCAAAUAUAUAGAUCAGAAUAAAGUCUAUGUUGCACAUGCUAAUAAAAAACCACAAGAUAAAAUUGAAGUCCAAACAACUUUAUCAAACUAUUCACCAGAAUACAAAUUGAAUGUCUCACUAAAUAAUCAGAUAAUUAAGGGUGAAAUUAAGAUUAAUGAGGUCUUCACCGAAGAUGGGAUUUUGCAAGUGGAUCUAUUCAUACAAAAAUUACAAAAUAUAGUCAAUAAAAAAAAAUUAUAA